GAGACAUGCUGUAUAAUUUCGUGUCAUGUCAUUGAAAAUUGGAAUGAAAUGAAAAUUCUUGAAAAUAAAAUUUCUCUAUCUAUUUUCAUCGUAAAGUUAAAUAAAUUCAGUGAAUAUGGUGUCUCGAAGUUUAACAGAAGUGUUUCUGUUAAUGCGCAAUAAUGCUAUACACAGUCGACAAAUAUUUGCGGAACAGGGCAGUCAGUCUGAACAUAUGAGGCUGAUGAGAAGCAACUCCCAGGAUGCUGAAGCGGGUAUGGAGCUCCGCACAGAGUCAAGUGCCCCGCCACCUUGGACUGAUGCCUUGGAAGAACUACAUUAUGUCAUGACCAGGUUAAAAACGAAGCUGUCGGAGCUUCAGGCGCGGCACGAGCGUCAGAUCAGACGGCCGGCGCUCGACGACACGAGCGAACAGCAGCACAUCGCGCGGCUCACGGCCGACAUCGGCCGCCACUUCAGUCACGCGCACUCACAUCUCACUGCCAUCAAGGCACAGAUGAGGCAUGGCAGCAAAACAGAACAAAAGCUAACAGCAAACGUCGUCCUAGCCCUCGUCACAACGCUCCAAGAACUCAGCAUUACAUUCCGAACUGCACAGUCAAACUAUCUCCGUUCCCUUACUUCAAGAGAAGAACGCUCAAACGCCUACUUCGACUUACCCAACUUCGAAGAACUGAGUCUUAAUGACAACGACCUAUUACCAGGGCUAUCGAGCAACCAAACAGAUCUAUUAUUCUCCUUGCCCAGCACGUCUGGGACUCAAAAAGGUUAUGUGGAAGACGAGCAAGGUGAUACGUCAGAAAAGCAAGUGAUGAAUCAAAAACAACUGCUUUUAUUACAAGAAGAAAAUACAAAAAUGGUCUCUGAAAGAGAGGAAGAAGUGAACAAAAUAGUACGGUCCAUCAUGGACUUAAAUGAGAUUUUUAAGGACUUGGGACAUAUGGUACACGAACAAGGUACUAUAUUAGAUAGGAUAGAUUAUAAUAUAGAACAGACACACACACAGGUUUAUGAAGGAUUCAAACAAUUGCAGAAAGCGGACAGCUAUCAUAGGAAAAACAGAAAGAUGCAUUGUAUAUUAAUUUUAGCGGUUGUUGUAGUAAUAUUGAUGUUUUUGUUGAUUAUUGUUAAAAGUUAGUUUGAGAGGUUUGAAGUACCGGUACUUUUUGGGUUAACGGUAUCAGAUGCAAUACCUGUGCUAAUAGUUUUAAGUUGUACCGGUGUUAUUCCAUAAAAUCUAGUACCGACAACUAGUUACGUUACAGAAAGCUAAAAGUUCAAUAACUCUAGUAACUAUAGAAUAGUACCGAAAAAUACCGGUUAUAAGAACUAUUUUGGAAUGAGGUUAGGAACGCCUUAUAUUUUAUAGUUGGAUCGAAUAAGUGUAAAACAAUUGUAAUUUAUGUUUUUAUGUAAAUAGCUAGAGUGAGAGAAUUGUAUAAUUCCUAACUAUAAGAUAUCUUUAAUUUUAAUGUUAUUUUCGAAAAGUAACCUUGUGCGAAAAUUAAUUUCAAUUUUGGCGGGAAACACGUCUUUUUUCUAUGCAUUUGACUGACAUAAAUCUAGUAUUUUAAGUUAUUUAAAUACACUUUUAUUUUCUAAAUAUGUCGUGAAUAUGCUUAAUUUAUUUUAAGAGUAAUGAAAUUAUGGAUGUUUGUUUAUCCAAAUAAUGUGUAAGAAAAUUCUUCGAUGAUUCGGUUUUUUUUUAACAAUAUAUCAAUCAGUAUCUAAAAUAUGUAAGUUGUUUUACAUGCACGUUCUAGUCUAUUAUCGUUAGUAAGUUAUAUUUAAGAUACAUUUAUUUGUAGGAAAAAUGUUCAUUGCUAUGAUGGUAGAUGCGGAGAUGUGUGCCAAUAUGUAUAAAAAGUGGUUGAAAAUAAGUACCCAUGUAUAAUAACAUUCCUUUUAGGGUUUGUUGCGCGACGCUAUGGUACAGUCACCUGCGUUGGUAUGAAUACAAAGGGUUAGUCCAUCAUGGCAAAGCUAACAAUUAUGAAAAUUGAUACAAACUUCCAUCUGUAAUAUUUCGGACACUAGGCAUAAUUUAUUUGCAUUUAAUUUUAGUCUAUGCCACAUCGGAAUACGAACCGGUGUGUAUUAAACAUAUUAAAGCACGUGACUGUACACGACUGAACGCGUUGUAAAUCCGUCGGUUAUUACCGCGGCGGAAUAGAGGUCCGAUCAGGGUAGCUUGUUAAGGUUGACUGUACUUCCACAGGGCAAGGAGAAUACACACUGACUCUAUUCUCAUUGCAACAGGUACUAUCGAAUUCCGGACUUCUUUUUUAACUUUUUUACAAAGUGCACGUGAGUUGCCAGCAAUCAGAGGUCACUGAUCCGCUGUAAACUUUUUGAGAUAGCGAUUGACUCGCUAAUAAUAGUGCGUUCGGGAACGUAUGAAGCGGUUACGCGGCUAACUCUAGACCCUGUCCAUUUACUAACCGCCGGUUACUAAAUAAUAAUUUUAAAUUUUGGAGCCCAGCCCCAUUGCUACUUUGCGCUCCUUCGUUCUCCAACGCGUUUAUAGAAAUUUAAUGAUUUGAUGAAAAAGGACGGAAAUGUGUAACAAGAACUUGCCCACGGACAAAUAUAAGCAUUUAAAAUGAAAAAUAAAAGAAUAUUUAAGUGUGCAUGAGAACAUAUCGUCAUAAAUAUUAAAGUUUACUUCCUAUAGAGAGAAAUAAAUGUUUAUGAGCAGUGAACAUAGAAUUAUGUAAUAGACCACUGAACGCUACAAAUGUUAAUCUAUUGUUAAAAUAAUAUAAAAACUGGUAUUUUAAUUUCUUAUAUCAAAACAUAAUCAACUCCUAUAAUGGUCUGAUUCUGCUAUGGUUAUAAUCAAUCAUAUAAUCGCUUUUGGAUAAUUUAAGCUUUGUUUAACAGUUACUAUACAAAAACAAUUUUGACUUUAGUAGAAUCAACACCCUGAUAAAUGGAAAUAUAACUCAUUACAUUUACUAUAUAAAAUUGUUAUAGAGAAGUGCAAUUGUAAAUAAAUUGUUAUCUAUUUGAAAUAUAAUGCAUUGACAUUCAAAAAAACUCCUUUUUAUAUACC